AGUGAGCACCACCAUCUACCAAGGCAGGAACACACAGAGAGUUGCUCCUCUUACAGAUGGAGCUGAGAAGCUGUACUGGAGAUCCGUGACUGGUGGGGAGGGAGGUGAAAAUGAUGUGAAGUGCUCAAAGCCAGUGCAGUCAAGGAGAAAGGAAAGAAUCCCAUCACUAGAACAGUGUUUUGCCAGUGGUAUUUGCCUCCUUUUCCUGCACCAGCUGCAGGGUGGAAGCAGAGUGUCCAUUCCCCUCCCCUCCCUGCAGCCUCACACCCCCACCCUCCAGAGCCGGAGGCGCAGGGUGCGGAGGCCUCGGCGCGGUGCUGGUCCUUAACAGCAGCAGGAGGCUGUGGAGAGGUUCAGAUGGCAGAGACCAGGCAUCCCCUUUGGAGCUGCCACAUCCUAUGUACAUCUAGAGAAGCUGCAUGAAGGAUCCUUUGCAACCGUGUACAAGGGGAUCAGCAGGAUCAACGGCCAGUUGGUGGCACUGAAGGUGAUCAGGCUGGAGGCUGAGGAGGGGGUGCCCUUUACAGCCAUUUGGGAAGCUUCUCUUCUCAAGUGUUUGAAACAUGCCAACGUUGUACUGCUUCAUGACAUUAUCCAGGCCAAGGAGACACUAACGUUUGUCUUUGAGUACAUGCACACAGAUCUAGCACAGUACAUGGGCCAGCAUCCUGGAGGACUUAAUUCAUGCAAUGUUAUGCUCUUCAUGUUCCAGCUUUUGCGUGGCCUGGCUUACAUCCACCAGCAACACAUCCUGCACCGGGAUCUCAAACCCCAGAACUUGCUCAUCAGUUGCCUUGGUGAGCUCAAAUUAGCUGACUUUGGCCUUGCUCGAGCCAAGUCCAUCCCCAGACAGACCUACUCCUCUGAAGUGGUGGCACUCUGGUACCAUCCUCCUGAUGUGCUGCUUGGAGCUACAGAUUAUUCUUCUGAUUUGGAUAUCUGGAGUGCAGGCUGUGUAUUUGUUGAAAUGAUCCAGGGCCAGCCAGUAUUUGCAGGAACUUCUGGUACUCAGGAACAACUGCUGAAGAUCUGGGCGGUAUUGGGGGCCCCGACUGAGGACACUUGGCCAGGACUUUCCAAGCUCCCCAACUAUAAUCCAGAACUGGUUGCUUCCAGGAGACCUCAGAGACUCCGAGUCAUGUGUGACAGGCUGCACAGGCUGCCAGCAGCAGAGGAUUUGGCCUCCAGGAUGCUCACAGCCUUCCCUCCAGGCCGGAUCUCCGCCCAACACGCGCUUCUUCACGGCUUCUUCAGCCCUCUGCCUCCUCUGCUCCACCAGCUGCCUGCUGGACAAUCAGUGCUCACAGUUCCAGGAGUGAGACUGCAACCUGAAAUCUGUGACCUGUUUGCUUCUUACCGAAAAGGGCAUCUCUCAGGGGGUUCAAGCAAGUUUUGGUAG